AUGCCCAAAAGACAGAAGAAAUCCUUUGUAUACAAACCGAGCUUCGAUUCCAGUCCAUCGCUCACGCCUCAACCUCGUCGCGAUGAUCAAAUCAGGCGACCUACCGCUGCUACCGACUCCGAUUCUCCCUCAGUCAACGAUCUGAUCAGCCAUCUUCGACGGACCCAAGUCUCGAAUUCUCCGGAAAAUGGAAACGGUUCUGCGUCAAGAUCGGUGAUUUCCCACCAAUCUGUUCAUCCCUCGCUGAGAAGUCUGCUGGAGCUUCCAGAUACUCCACCACCUCGACCCCGUGCGGGACCUCGCCGUGCGGUUAUCGGCGGACGCCCAGUACGACUUGUGCCAGGACCUCCUCCCCCAGAGAGCUGGCUUGCGGGGGAUACAGAGGCCCUGUGCUUAAGCGGGGGUGGCCGUGGGUCGAGUCUUCGAGAUGAUCGGUUUCCUAUAUACCGACUUGAUAGAUUGCCCGGGGCGAAUUUCCCCAGCGAAUCGAGUCUAAUUCACGCGGUCCUUAAAUCAAUGGCGUCCAAUUGGACAUGGCACCUGGAAUAUGAUGGGCCGUUUCUGUCACAACUCCCUCUUCAUAUUAAGGAGCUCAUGCUGAGCUAUGUCGCCAUAUAUGCUGUCCGUGCAAGAUUCCAGCUAGCGAAACGAAUGGGCGGCUUAGGACCACUGUUCCUUUCGGAAGAUCGUCUUUCCCAGUGUGCUGUGGAGGAGCUUGGUCCGGGCACGGGCACUGAUGCAGACGUCCGUCGCCUAGAUCUGACCUGGGCAAUAGGUUACUGGAUCACAUUGAAACAGCUCUCGAACGAGCUCGUUGUGCCGGCAAAGGUAGCAUACACGGCACCUAAGCUUGCUUCAAAGAAAGAAAUCCCGACGUCUUGGGACGAUGACGAUCCCGAUGAGUCUACUAGUCUUGAGGAACCACCAGUUUCCGAUAUACCGUAUCCUAUGCUGAAAAACUUGAGUCACACCGUCCGGUUCACCAAUCUUCGGUACUUGUCCCUUGCACAUCCGGCCGCCGGUGCAGCAAGCUGGAACUCUCUCUUACAUCUCCUCUCGCGACAGUCCACAAUUACCCAUCUCUCUCUGGCCUACUGGCCUGCUCCGACCCGCACGCCCCAGAACCUUCCCUCGCGGGUACGCCCGCCGGGCCAUCGCGGUCCUUCAUUCGUACAUGGCGGCACCGACGAGUACUCUGCGGCCGAGAACAAUUGGGCAGAAGCAGCAGGUAUUCUCCGCCAACUUUCCCGCUACACCUACUGUUUGAAAUGGCUUGAUCUGGAAGGCUGCUCCGACUGGAUCAAUGCUCUAGUCUGGACGGGCACUGACCCGAAUGGACGACCACGUCGUCCGGGCAGUGAAGGUCCCGAAUGGAACGCGUCGUGGAGAAACAUUGAGUGGAUCAGUUUAGGUCCCGGUUACGAGUAUCCAGUCGAUCAAGACUUUUUUGCGCAGACCCGAACCUCUGCAACCGAUGCUUCUCCCGAUUUGCCCUGGAAUGUAGAGGAAGAGAGAUGGGCUUAUCGUCAGAAAAAGGGGCGGGAAGCCUGGCGACAGGCAGUCGCUCGGGCAGAGCAGGUUUGCACUGAAAUUCGGUCGCUUCGGAAAACCGCUCGUGGGAAGUGGCUGCAGGCGUAUACAGGAGCACAAAAGGAGUCGUGGGAGGUUCCCUGGCCCAGCCGAGGUCUAUGA